AUGAUGACUGGCGGCGGUGGAAGCGGCAAGAUUAGGAUUCAGCUGGAUGACCUUGGUGUAUCACGCCUGGACUUUGUAAACGACUCCUCUGCUCUACCAGCCGCAGCUUCUCGUUCUCAAAAUGUGUGGUAUGUUGUUGAAGAAGCAUCUACGAUGCGAGAGGCCCGCAUUGAAAUUAAGGGAACGUUUAUGCGAAUUCACAAAUUGCGAUCAUUCCAUAUAUGGGACACGCCAACUCCACCCGAUCCAGCUCUUACCCGCUGGAAUCGUGAAAUUGAGAGUAACCUGCGUGUCCGGUGCAUCUCCCUCCAAGAUAUCACGGGCCUCACUGUAUAUUGCCAACAUGGAGCAGUGCGCUGGAUCUACCCACACCGUGACGAGAGUUUCUUUGACCCUUACCCGCAUGACAGCUCACCUCCUGCAGCACAGAUAAUACCGUCAUUCGCAGAAAGUAGCCCCAUGGCUGCGAUUUUCUUUCCCUUUGCCAAAGGGGAGAGAAUUAGUUCAAUUUGGGUCCGCAGGUGCGAACCUUAUGACUACAGUAUUCCAGAUACUCUUGCUAUAAUCACGACAACGGGGAGAUUCAAGUUAUUUGGCAAAUACUUGUGUCCGGAUCGGCCAGAGGUUGGGUUUCAGCAAUUAAGUGGCAACGAUACAGCCACACAUCUCUUAUUCCAAGAUGCAGAUUUCCCGUUCCAAAGAACAAGCUACUUUGCAGCUGUCUCAGCUUCAGUCAGGGAUACGGACAUUUCGCCCAUGGUCCCAACCCAACUGACUCAGUCGCGGGGAUUCAGCUGGAGUUCGAGCUUCACCUAUGUAUCCAUAGUGGAAUUGAAGAAUGUCCAACGGAUAUGGCUUUUCCGGCGGCAGGUUCCUGAAGGGACCCCGAGAAAAGACCGUCUGUGUAAGGGAAUGAUGCUUCAGUAUGAAGACGGAACAAUGGCGGCCGCAGGAGUUUGCCGGCGAGGACCGGAGAUUGACGUGCAGGUUGCAAUACUCCCGACAUCUAUUCAUUAUAAAAUCAGUCAUGAGGCUGGUGGGCUUGCUGUUGAAUGUGCGACACAGGACGUGGAUCGGGAUGUCCUUCUUGGUGAUGAUGCAGGCUGGCAGACAAUCACCAUGCAGUCUAGAUCAGAGAUGAGAUGGUGGUUUGAUGAUUCAAGGACCAUUUGGAUCACUUCACCUAGCUUAUGA